AUGUACCCUUACACUAGUCAAUCGCAGGAUCUCUCGCUCUCUACCAAUCUGGAGCAUGUCAAAGAUACUGGAAUGGGAUUUGGAGAGUUCGAUAGUCCACCAUCGAGCGAUGAUGGUAUAAGAGUUCAUUCAGACUCUUCUAACAGCGACACAGACUCAGACGACACAAUUUUGCAAAUCCAUAUCGAUGGGGAGAUGACAAGCGCGUACAGCGAGAGCAGAAGAAGCUCUACUCUGACUUUGUCCAAUUUUGCAGGCAACGAGAACUUGGUGAUACAAAUAUUUGCUUCAAUGGAUCUACGCCCCGAAGAGCUAGACGAUCCAGAUGAACACAUCGCCCCUGAAGUAAUGACCGAGGACGAACAAGUCAAGGCCGCCUCAUCAGAAGUUACUCCAGCCCCAGUGGUAGUGUUGGCGAACGACACGCGAAUCAAGACGACAGAAACUUUUGUACUUGAAGCCGAAAUGCCAAGUCUGUUAGGCGACCUAAACAUCACGCACGUAUUAGACGAGACGCCAAGUGCACCAGCAAAAGAUACCGCGUAUGCGGACUCAAGGAUUGCGGAGGAUGUGGUGGCAGGUUCAGUCUUACCGUAUGCCUCUUCAGAGCAUGUCGGACAAAGCGAGCCUGAGCUACAAUUCAUCGAGGUACUUGCCACGAACGGCAAUAUCGGGAUCGCAACCGGCGACACCUUCCACGGAGUAGACGUAAACUUUGUCAACAAAAGGAGCGGAAAGACACCUUUGCACCUGGUCAUCGAGAACCCCCGGUUCAAGGGCUACAAACACCUUGUCUGCAACCCCAACAAAUCCGACAUUCGAGGCAACUGCCCUAUUAUGGAGAUAUUCUAUGGAACCGAUAGCGAUCCUUUGGAUGAUCAUCGUAAGAAGGCUUUGGCUCUCUUGUUGCGCAAUGAGUCUACAGAUGUCGAAGUGACUCAACCAGGUGUACUCAACACACCUCUUCAUCUGGCAGUGCGUCGAAAAGAUCCGUUCGCUGUUGCAAUGCUUCUAUUCAAGUAUGCUAGCGUCAAUGCCAAAAAUGCGGCUGGCAGCACGCCUUUGCUUGUUGCAGCCAAUCAGCUUCACAAUCCUACGAUAAAAGACCAGAAGCACUUGAUGAGCAUCCUCCUGCAUGCCGAAAUCAUCCUCAUUAAUGAAAAGGCCGGCACGAAGGAGCAGACUGCCCUGCACUAUGCUGUGAACGCAGGAGUGUCUUGGGCUGUGGACAUGUUGUUGGGACAUGGUGCUGAUCCCACCUGCAGAGGCAGCGAGGACCGCGAUGCUUUGACAUUGGUCCACAUUCGCGCAGACAAUGACAAUUGGAGUAGUUACUGA